AUAACGACGACACCCACAUCUCUGUCCGCAGCGCGUCAGUCGAGGCGCCAGUCCGCCCUGAGGGAGCCCGUCGUCAGCAACGAGCCAGCACGGCCCCUCGUCAUCAGCCAAGUGGCCGUGCCGCUGGCCGUGCCGCUCGCCGUGCCCGUCGACGACGCGCGGGCCGCCGACUCCAGCGCCACCCAGCCGCCCGCCGCUCCCCCCGGGACCGUCCCCGUCAACGUCCUGACCCUGGCCGGGCCACUCACCGCGGCCGAGGCGGCCUCUCCACCAGGAAAGGGCUCAGCCCGCGACCGCGCCCGCUCCAGGCUGAUGCGCGAGCGCGCCACAACCAAAGGUCUGGAACGCUUUUUCCAGCGCCUUCUGAGCCGCAAGCUGCAGGUGGACUUCUAGGCGCCGCCUCCGGCUCGGUGCCUCGCUACGCCCUCUCGGACAUCGUCGUCUCGCCCGUGCAGACCGGCGGCGCCUCCUUCCUCGACUCGUCGACGGGGGCCUUCACCUCGAUGGCCGGCGGGCUGGGGCUUCCCUUCCGCGGCCAGCAGUUCGCCGGGCCGCUGGGGCCGUACCAGCCGCAGGAGCAGCAGCAGACCGCCUACAUGGUGGACGAGUACCCCUCAAUGUUCUCGGACGGCGCGCAGUACGUGCGCUCGGCGGCGCAGCGCGCGGCCGACUCCGGGGCCAUGGCGGCGCACGCCGCGGUACGUCAGGCGACGGACUUUGCGUCGUCGGCCACGGGCGCCGGCCUGGGGGCUGCCAGGGGCGCCGUCGACAGCGGGCGCUGGGCGGCCUCCACCGGGCUGAACCUGGCCGACGGAGCGCUGAGGCAGGCCGACAAGCUGUCCUCCGAUGCACUCCGCGCCCAGAUGAGAGCCGCCGAUCAGGCAGUGGACUUCAUAGUGCCGCCCUCGCUGUCCAACGGUGCUCCGGCCAGGGUGAGCGCGCAGACGCAGGCCACGCAGACCAUGCAGGCGCAGCCCCGGGAGGCCGCACUCCGCUUCCCGCCCGCCUUCAGCCUCAGCGUCAUGAACCCUGGCGCCUACUACCCGGACGUCCGCGCCGCGGGCGGCAUGGAGGUGUCGGCGUCCUCGCCGCAGAUGUCGGUGCUCACCCAGCGGUCCAUCAGCAACGACCAGAACGCCAGGAUGGCGGACCCGCGGGGCGUUCUGAGCGACGCGGCCACGGCAGUGGCAGGGGCCGUGGAGAACGCCUACCACACCGUGGCCUCGGGCGUGCAGUCGGGUGCGCACGCCGUGUCCGACGUGGUGCACAACGUCGCCCAUGACGUCUCCUCUGGCGUGCACACUGGAGCGGCGGCGGCCUCUGACGUCGCGCAGGACACCUACCAGGGCGUCGUCCAGGGCGUGCAAUCCGGGGCCAACGCGGCGAGCGAGACGGCGCAGGGCGUCGCCCACGGCGUCGUGAGCGGCGUACAAUCCGGCGUGUCGACGGCGUCGAACAUCGCGCAGGACGCCUACCAGGGCGUAUCGUCUGGCGUGCAGUCCGGAGUGUCGUCGGCGUCCAACCUCGCGCAGGACGCGUACCAGGGCGUCGCGACGGGUGUGCAUGCGGGCGCGUCGACGAUCUCAGACCUGGCCUCCGGGGCUCUGGGGGCAGCGCAAGGCUUCGCGCACGGCGCAGGCCACGGGCUGCAGCACGCGGUCCACCAGAUCGGCAGCCUGGGCCACCCGGCCGAGGACGACAAGCUCAUGGCGCAGGCCAGAGCCGCGUCCGCCCUCGACCCUCUGCAGGCCGCAGCCAGCCAGGCCGCGCAGGCCGUGCACGCCGUCCAGGGCGCGGCGGGCUCCGCGAGGGACUUCGUCACCAGCACUGCGCAGCAGGGUGUCAACGUGGCGCAGAACGCCCAGGACGCCGCCGUCCGGCAGGUGCACGACGUGGCCGGCAAGGUGCAGGGCUCGGUGAUGGACGUGGCGGGGCAGGUGCGAGGCUCGGUGCAAGACGUGGCCGGGCAGGUGCGAGGCACGGUGCAGGAAGUGGCCGGGCAGGGCGCGCAGGCGGUGCGCGGCGUCACGGACGCCGUCAGGAACACGGCCGUCAACGCCGCGGGCGAGGUCCGCGGCCAGGUGCAGGACCUACAGCAGGCCGUCAAGAGCACGGUGCUGGACGCGCAGAACGCGGCGCGGGACGCCAUCCUGGCGGCGGCCUCCCAGGGCACCUCCAAGAGCCAGCAGAUGUCGCAGAAGGCGCUGGACGCGGCGCAGGACGCCGUCACGGCCGCCAUCGACAAGGUGAAGAAGGCCAUGAACCUGGCCUCGACCACCGGCAGCGAGUCGGCCCGCAGCGCCGGGGACGCCGCCGCCCAGGGCAUCGGCCUGCUGAGGUCGGCGUACCAGAGCUUCCAGCCCGGUGAUCGCGGUGCGACCAGUCUCGGCAACCUGAACGUCGGUCUGAGCCCCGUGUUCAGCAUGACGCCCAACCAUGCCGUCCUGGGCUUCGGGUCCAACCCCUCCGGCCGCUCGUCCUUGUCGUGGAGGUGGACGCGGUCACCGUCCACCGGCGUGAUGCUGCACAACGAGGAGCCCAGCCCAGGUCUAGGCAUCGCCAAGCACGUGCCCUCCGCCGACGCCCUUCACACGCCAGUUUAUAUCGACACGCCGUAAAUACUACUGACGUAGCAAUAAUUUUUUAAUUUUUUUAAAAGACUCAAGGGCCUUAUAUAUGUGCAAUUCGACAAGCGUUCAAAAACUAAUAUUCGGGCACAUUGAGGGUGCUUUGUUUGUGAUGUAAAAUUUCCCAAAAUGUAUGUAAACCUUAGUACAAAAACAUUGACAAAGUUUCGACCAGUGACCUAUUGGAUAUUGGAGUUAUAUGUGUAAGUUUAGUUGUAAAUGGAAUUAUUUUAUUAAAUGAACAUGUUUACAGUAAAACAACGAA